GCGAGCUCGAGGCGCACAGGCAUGCAUUCCCGACAAACAGCCUCGCAUCUGUCUGGCAUGUUUCCAGCAGAGCCGUGGCUUAUGUGAUCUUUUACUGGAAUUGGGGAUGGGUUGCUGGAACUUGACAACUCGAUGCCGACACCAAAAUCGACACCACCGACGACGACGCCGGUGCGGAUGUUCGGAGAAACAACUAGGGCUCUCCUCGGUCUGUCUGUUGAGACCGAGAAAACGCAUGCCCACCUGUACCACAUUUAUGGAGAGCAAUACAGGUAUCGAGCGAAUACACGCAAGCUAGAGCUAGAUCGGUCAAAGGCACGAGAUCUCGCCAGGCCCACAUCACAUCUAUUCAUAGUGAAGCACGUCGACCCGUCGCGUGUGCACAUGGUCGUGUGCAGUGCGUGUACGAGAGCGAGUGUUCGUGCGUGCAUUCGUGCUUGGCCGCGACGAUCAGCAAGACAUUCACACGGCGCCUUGUUCGCGCUUCACACGCUGCGCCGCACUCUAUCUCCCUGCGUUUCGACCGCCGCCACCCCCGCCUGCAGCGUACGUGCGAGGCGCUUGCAGGGCCCCGCGAUACACUGGUGUGCCGUGCGCCACGCCAGGUCGCCAUGCCCAUGUGAACGCCACGGCGUGGCGCUCUCGGUGUUCCCCAUCCCCAAUCCGUCCACUCUCAUCUCCGACGCCCGACUCAGCCGUUCUCCACCUCCUCGGGUCUGCCGCACGUACAGCCGACAGCCAGCUGACCGCAAUUGAAGGUAUGGACCUGUCAGCUGACAGCACAGGCUGAUGAGAUGUUCCGCGCACGACCUAGCGCGUAAUCGACUGCCUGAUCUCCAUGGACGU